GCUGUUUUAUGUUUGAAAUUUCCAUCUACACAAAAUCAAUGUUGUACUAAAAUGAAUCGUUUCAAAUUUAGCGGCUUCUUGUAAAUUCUGGUUCCGUGUGGAGGUCGGAUGAUUGCAUAUUAAAUAUCGAAAGUCGCUGUGUGAUAGAGAAAGCAAUAAUGUUCGCUCUAAAGAGCUAGUUUCAAUGAACAAUGAACGUGUGUGUGACAGCCCUGCCUAUUCAUUUUUACGUGUCCAAAAUCAGCUGGGCCAAAAAUAAAUAAAUAACUGUAAUUUGGUCGAAGCUACUAGCAGUUAAAGCGCAGCCACUUACAUAGAACAAGCACUAACAAUGACGACACAAGCACCGCGGAGAGUGCGGCGUAAGCUAGUGACCACGAGCUUCUUAGUAUUGGGAUUAGCUAUAUUAGUAUAUUGGGCGGAUUUAACAGGCGGCUACUUUGCAGCUUUCGAUGAAGCGGAGACAAAUAAAAACUGUUUCUGUGAGCUGGAGGGCUCCAUCAACGAUUGCAGCUGUGAUGUGGACACAGUGGAUCAUUUUAACAAUAUGAAAGUCUAUCCACGCCUGCAAAGUUUACUGGUGAAGAAUUUCUUUCGCUUUUACAAAGUAAAUCUGAAGCAAGAAUGCCCCUUCUGGCCGGACGACAGUCGCUGCGCCAUACGCUUCUGCCAGGUGCAAAACUGCGAGGAUAAAGCCAUACCAGAAGGCAUGAAGGAAAAGGCUGAGCACAGAGAAAAGGCGGCAUCAUUCAAGUACACACGCGAGGCACAAGUGGAUCGAGGCUGUUCAGAUGUUGAAGACUUUGACAGCGCUUUGGGCUUUCUGGACACCAGCAUAAGCGACCAGGCGCAUCGAGAGUUUGAGCUCUGGGCUAAGCAUGAUGAGGCUGAGGAGGACUUUUGUAUUGUUGAUGAUCAUGAUGUGGACGCACAGUAUGUUGAUCUGUUGCUCAAUCCGGAGCGCUAUACAGGCUAUCGUGGCGACUCGGCUCAUCGCAUCUGGAAGAGCAUUUAUCUGGAAAACUGUUUUGGCGGCAACAAUCAAUCAUCCAAUAAGUUUUCGAGCUUUGUGCCGCAUUUAGAUUUACGAAAUUUAUGUGUGGAGCAGCGCGCCUUUUAUCGCAUUAUCUCUGGUCUGCACUCCAGUAUCAAUAUACACCUGUGCUCCAAGUAUUUGCUGUCCGAGUCAAAGGAUUUCCUUGAUCCUCAAGGCAUCUGGGGAGCCAACGUAAAGGAGUUUAUGCGGCGUUUUAGUCCAGAAACUACAUCCGGCGAAGGACCGCAUUGGCUGCGUAAUCUUUACUUUAUAUAUCUGGUGGAGUUACGCGCCUUGGCCAAAGCUGCGCCAUAUCUACGCCGCGAGGACUACUACACAGGCAUAGCAGAGGAGGAUGAAGAAGUCAAGCUGGCCAUAAAUGAUAUGCUGUCGAUUAUAGAAUCUUUUCAAUCACACUUUAAUGAGAACGCGCUGUUUAGCAGUGGCAUUGCUUCUAUCAAGUUCAAGAAUGAUUAUAAGGAAAAGUUCCGUAAUAUAUCUAGAAUUAUGGACUGCGUGGGCUGUGACAAGUGCAAGCUUUGGGGCAAGCUGCAAACGCAAGGCCUAGGAACAGCGCUCAAAAUACUCUACUCCGAGAAGCUGCAAUCGGCCACGGAGAGCGGCCUGUGGGACAAGCCGCAUAUUGAAGCAGAUCCCAUAUUCAGACUAAGCCGCACAGAAAUUGUGGCUUUGUUCAAUGCCUUUGGCAGAUUAUCCACCAGCAUAUACGAAAUGGAAAACUUUCGACGUGUUCUGAGGUAGCCCGAACAUAUGGAAAGGCCAGGGAAAGGGCAUGAAUCCAUUUCGCUGCACUAGAGUUAAACAAAGGCACCAAGGCUGCAUACAUCUAGUUAACCUCCAGGCACACAUGGACUAUUUAUUAUGGAAUUUAUUUCCGGUUUCCCUCCAAUUGCAAACUCCAUUAACAGCAGCAGCAGCAAUAAGCGCCGGAGCAACCACAGAAGCUGCUAGCUUUGUAAAUAAUUAAUAAAAUAUUCAAUUUGAAGGCUA